AUGGCUAACAACGCGUGGCGUAGUUUGGUGAUUUGUGUCGUAGCUGAAAAUAGUUGUCGGUGUUUUUUGGCGGCAAUUUUGUUGGCAUCGUCUUGUAUUUCACAAUCAUGUCCCGUGGAUUGCCAAGAGUUAUGGAAAGAAUGUGUUUCUUGCACACAGGCGCCGGCCGGCGUCGCUAGCAAUAAUAUGAUGCGAUCAUUGCUGGCGUACUAUGCUGACGCCGUGAUGGCGGCGAGUCGCGGUGCUGGAUGCGCGCGCGACUGCAGCGGCCGAGGGGACUGCAUGAACGGGACCUGCCUCUGCGAGAUCAGAUACACGGGGGACGAGUGCGCGGGCCACAACCUGUCUUACCACGCCUGUAUUGGUGGAAUAUUCCUCGCCGUGUCAUUCGUGUGUGCUGUGCAGCUGACAUUAUGCAUCGUCACAGAGUACCGGCGGCUGAAGGCGCCGAAUCUCUUCAGGGCGUGUAAAGUGACCACCCAGAAGAUGCUCUACUUAGUGGCCUUUCUCGCCUCGCUCAUACGUGGAGCAUACUUCAUUUCUCCUACAGCAUUCCAAGAGUCGUGGGCGACGAGUCUACCCUCUGCGUAUUACCCGCUUCUUCUGUCCGGCUCUUCGCUCAUCGUGUGCUUUUGGGCAGAGGUCUUCCACCUCCGCGACGUGCGAUGGGAGAGGCAGCGGUUCCUUUCGAAGUCAUUCCUCGCAUUUGUGAGCUUCAACGUUAUCAUCUACUCGCUCCUCUUCGCUGAAGUGCUCACGAUCAACGUCGCCAACACUUCUGAUGAGAAGAAGAGUUUCUACCAGCACGUCUUCAACGGAUGUUACGCUGUACUGCUUUUCGUCGUGGUCGUGUUCUUCCUGAUCUACGGCGUCGAAGUAUAUUUUAAGCUUCGCGGUGAGUUCCUACGUGAGACCAAAGUGUGCACGAUAGUUACUCCGAGGCCGGGGCCCUCCUCGGCGGCCGACGGUGAUGAUGUGCAGGACACACUCGUUAAACAGGGGGUUCAAACCGACCUAGCAGAAGUGGACGGCAGCGUGGACCCGCGUUCGGUGAACCACUCACAACUCCACCAAUCGCGUUUAGGUCUCAUCAGCCAGGCGCUAAUGCUUAUACUCAUCGUUGGGUUCCUUGCUUCAGAGACUCUUAGUGAAUUUUGGAAGGCCAAGGUCCCGGUAGUAUCCCGUAACUGGCACGACCUAGUCUUUCGUCUGGCGGAGAUCGGAGUCACGCUAUGGUUCCCCUGCGUGCUGUGGAACUGUAUGGCGCCCGAGAGACUCUGGAUCCUCAACCCUAGGCGCUUGCUCGCCAAGCAGCUUGACGAGGCGAGGCUAGCUGAUCUUCUUGGACCCGGAAAUAACCCGGAUAAUAAGCUGGACCUAUAUAGGCUGACUUGGCAACAAACGUGGCUUUUAUUUCUGGCGUUGUUGCGUCACUGGUUUCCUAUUUGGCGGUUUCUGUCCGUCGCAUACUCCUAUCGGUUCCCUCUGGAGGCAAUUGCUGGUUUUACUUCUAAAUUAACCUUGAAUGUGGAGACAGACUCUCUGGUGGGCAGUAUCGGUUCGGGACGAGACUGCUGGAUCUGCUACGAUGGCUCCCGCCCAGAUCCCUUGAUCAGACCGUGCCGAUGCACUGGUGAUGUCGCUGCUGUUCACCACGAGUGCUUGAAGCGGUGGCUUAUUGAGAGCUACGGAACACCAGAUUGCAUGAAAUGCAAAGUGUGCAACACUCCGUAUAACGUAGAAGAAACUAACAGACUGCUAUGGGAACGCGGCUUCACACUGGUCCACUUCCUGCGCAUCACAUUGGCUUUCAUCUGCAUGUCCCUAUCGGGUCUGUUCGCGUGGGGCCUCGUGCAGAUCUACCCGUCGCCUGUUGCUCGCAUCCUCGGUACAGGGGGUGCGCUUCUCGUCUGCUACGUAGCCGCUAGGUAUCUUGGUAUUCACACGCUAUCAGCUUACCGACGCGCUCGCGUGGCAUCGAUCCGCAUUGUGACAGAUCCUUUAGACGACCCCUCGAUGGAAGCACAGCUCUCCACAAUCAGCAAAACGGUCACCGUCGAAAUUGCUUCCAAGAACGUUCUAGAACAGGCGCUGAAGGGAGAAAACAAAUAA